UUUGGCUUGAUCGAUGCGGUCGUGAGUGAGGCCUCGCAUCCGCUCCUCACUUCCUCAUUUCCUCUCAAUUCAUGCUCCUGGGUCGUCUCUCGUUGCCUCAUGAUGGCGUCCCAAGAUGACCUGGGGAUGCUUUGGUAUGGAGUGACGGGAGUAUCUUUCAACCCAGCUGAUCCUGCAGAGGUUAUGCUGAAUACAGGGACAGCGGCACCACUCCUCUCUGACCAUCCCCGGCCGCUAGUUCCCACUCCAGUGUCCUACAGUGAGCCCACCACCACACAACAUACACAGAUGCUGUAUGAUCCAAAUACAGGUGACUACAGCACUCAGUCAGAAUACAUGUAUGAGACAUAUGAUGGUUAUGAUGAAGACUCCUCUGGGAACAGUGUCAUGCAGCAGCAGGGAACACCACCCAUCACAGAGCCUGGCAUGGUAGGACAAGGGGAUGAAUCACCACCUCCCAUCCCCAAAUCCAAAAAGCCAAAAGUCCACCAUCACCCAGCCUUAAAACUGAAGACACCCAUUGCAUAUCAAAAAGACACAGACCUUAAUGCCAUCCCAAUCAUGAGGGAAGGAAUGGCUGUUUGUGAAAAGUGUGGUGCCAUUGGAGUCAAGCAUGCAUUCUAUGGCAAGGAGCGGAAAUUCUGCAGCCUGGCAUGCGUCAGAGGUCCACUGGCUCCCUCUCAACAAGUGGCAGAGAAAGAAUUGGAGAAGGAGCCUUGUAAUGAACUCGAGAAAAAAGUGAUUCCAGUGCAGAAGGUGAUAGGCCAGCCAGCUGUUCCUGUGGAAACACCUCCAUCUCCCAAGCCAGUCGUUCCAACCCCCCCUAAGCCGAGCCAGGUGGUGCAGCCCCAGUUGGUUGUUCCACCACCUGAACAGGUUUCAUCUCAGUCAUACCUACCUCCACCAGAGUCUACAAUAGACCUAGAUGGAAGCUUUUUGUGGGCUUCGUCGUAUCUGGAUGACCAAGACUUCCGUGCAGUUCCUGUUAGCUGUUUUAAACACGCACCAAUGUCAGAAUGUUGGGAGCAGAUGGGAGCCGGGAUGAAGGUGGAAGUAUCCUGCAAAGAGGAAGCUGUAACAAAGGAUGCAUUCUGGGUGGCCACCGUUAUUGCUGUUGCAGGCUACAAAGCAAAACUUCGGUUUGAGGGCUUUGUAGAUGACAGCUCAAAGGACUUCUGGGUGGACCUUUGUUCAGAAGAGGUACAUCCUGUGGGUUGGUGUGCCACCCAAGGUCGCCCACUCAUACCUCCCCGCUCCAUCCAACAUAAGUACCGUGACUGGAAAGAAUUUCUAAUGAGGCGGUUAACUGGGGCACGAACUCUCCCAACUAACUUCAUCUCUCGUGUUGUUGAGAGCCAGAAGUCAAGAUUUAGGCCUGGACUUAAUGUGGAGGUUGUAGACAAGAACAGAAUAGCACAGAUGAGAGUAGCGACGGUGACAGAGGUUGUUGGAAAGAGACUCCACCUGAAAUACCAUGGGGCGCCACCAGAUGACAAUGGGUUUUGGUGCCAUGAGGAUGCCCCAAUAAUCCAUCCUGUGGGCUGGUCGAGAGAAGUAGGGCAUGAAAUUGUUGCAAGUCAGUCAUAUCAUGAGAAGUGCAUACGCGGUACAUAUGAUCCUAACGAUGCCCCUCCAGAACUCUUUGUGGCCACCCCUGUGCCAGCUUUUCUUCGCAACUCUAAAAUGGACUUUGCUGAGGGGAUGAAGCUGGAGGCAAUUGACCCUCUGAACCUGUCAGCCAUUUGUGUUGCAACAGUCAUGAAGGUCUUGCACAACAACUACCUCAUGAUUCGAAUAGACAGCUAUGAGUCAGACAACACCUGCUCUGACUGGUUCUGUUACCACGCCACUUCCCCCUGUAUUUUCCCUGCUGGGUUUUGCGAGAUGAACAACAUCACCCUAACGCCCCCAAGAGGGUAUGAGGGGCAGUUCUCGUGGUAUGCUUACCUCAAGAAAACUCAGGCCACUGCUGCACCUCCAGCUCUCUUCAGCAGGGAAAUACCAAGUCACGGGUUCGAAGAGGGUAUGGCCCUGGAGUCGGCAGAUCUGAUGGACCCACGGCUAGUGUGUGUAGCAAUGGUGAAGCAAGUCAAAGGGAGGUUGCUCAAAGUCCACUUUGACGGCUGGGAGAACGACUUUGACCAGUGGAUUGAUUGCUACUCACCCGAUAUCUAUCCCGUAGGCUGGUGUGACAUGUCCGGCUAUAGACUAGAGGGCCCCAAGACUGAUGAGGUUGGGAAAGUGGCCGUAGGAGGAAUGAUGAAUAUCCCACCAGCUCCAGCCAUGGGGACACAGAGACGUCGAGGCCGCCCACCUAAGGAGAAAAGCCUCAUUGGCCAACCUGACUCGCCACUCCAUGUGGGCAAGGGAGAAAAUGAGCAUCCUGAUCUGCAAACUAUGGAGAUGGAGCAUUCAUCCACAGGCCUAAGGAGCCGCCGCAGUCAGGGCAGACGGGAUGCCAGAAGAUCCCCUCGUGGCCCUUCCAACACCAGCCCUGGCACUAAGACCCUGCCCAUGAGAGCUACACGUGCUCGGACUCUCCCCACUUCUUAUAACCAGUCAGAUGAAGAGGAUGCAUCUGAUGAAACAUCCUCAGGGGUGGCCUCACUAGAUGGGAAUGAAAGUUCUCGAGAACCAUGGGACAUGGAGGAAGAAUCCUGCAACUCACCCUCAGGCAGCCCAUCCCCCAUACCUUCAGCUGAGCUUCCCAGUCAGAACACAUCCCAUCAGACAGGCUAUACAACCACUGCAACAGAAGGCAGAGAUCAAGAAUCCAAGAACAAGGUGAUUCACCAAGAACAGGAUCCAGUGCCUGAAAAGGUUACCCAGUAUCAUCCUCAACCAGUCGUUGUCAGUCAAGAGCAAAGGUCCAUGCUUCAUACCCAACAACAAGAGAGUCACAACACCGUGCGUAGUGUUCCACUUGCUGCCAAUGUUUUACAGGCCAACAAAGUGAUGAAAACACAGACAUCAGCUGUCAAGACCACAAUUGUCACAACCAAUACAUCAAGCCCAGUAAACGUCCCACAGUCCACCCUACCCCCAGCGCUAAAGAAUGGCAUUUCUCAGCAGGGCAAGGUCACAUCACAGUCUCCCACAGUCUCAUCUACAGUGAGCAACCAGUGUAAUAAUUCAUCUCAGGAUACAGUACUUCCUGUAGCAGAGAAAGAGUCUCCCCAGUCAGUUAUUCCAAGGAUGAUUGAUGGGCCAAUUAAAGAUGGAUCAAAAGUCAAGCCUAAACUCUGGACACCUCAGGAUGUAGCACUUUUCUUGAAGAAGAAUGACUGUGGAGCUUAUUGUGACAACUUCAUAUCUCAGAACAUUCACGGGACGAAGCUGCUAAGCCUGACGCAGAAUGAGGUGCUGGGCCUGACGGGGAUGAAGGUGGGGCCAUCGGUGAAAAUCCACGAUCUAGUGCAGCAGCUCUUGGCCUUGGUAAACCCAGCCCAGGCACGCUACCAAGCCACACUCAUGAAGAGGGGCCUGUCCUUCACCUGAGGGGAUGUAGGGGAGAGGGAGCCAUGUCCCCCAGACAUGUUUCCUCUUUUGGCAUUUUGGAGUACAAGAUUGUUUGAUGGGAAGGAGCAAAUGAGGAAGAGAGAAAGAGAGAGAGAGAGAAGCUCCUUCGAUAGGCACCAUCUUUAUGGGCCUUUUGAGUGGAACUUUGGUGUAUGUGAGAACAUUGAUGUGAUUUGUAAUUUUUAAGCAAAAUUUUAUAUAUAUUUAUUGAGGCUAUAUUCAGCACAGAAAGUUAAGGGAACAGACAGUAAACAAGGGGGGGGGAAGUAGAAACGCAGCCUGAACGAAAAAUACAAGAGGAUCAAUUUCUCAUUAAUCCCCACCCCCCUCCAUACACACACAUGCAUACAUCCACAUCUUUUUUUAUGAAACUUCAUCUUUCAUGAUGUAUUACUCCUCUGUGGAUUUUCUCCUUUUUGACUGUAUUUCUCGAAGCAAGUGAGAAUCAAAGAAAAGUGAGGCAAAGAGGAUUAUUCUUCAUUUCUUUUCACGACAUGAUUCCAUAUCAGUAACAAAGGGAGAUAACAGAGCCCAAAGUAUUGUAUUUAGAUAAACCAGGAAAUCAUUUUUAUUUUAACUUGAUAUAAGACUGUAUAUAUAUAAAUAUAUAAUAAUAAGUGUUAAUUACUAGUGAUGUAAAUGCCACUGAUCUAAGUAAUGCUCCUAAGAUAAUGUAGUCUCCCGGUGCUGCACGGACGUAUGGUUGCCACAAGCUCCCAGCUGGAGUGCAGCUAACCCAAGAUAUCAAAAUAGAGGAUAACAGUGCAUAGCUUUGACUGCGAUAGAGAAUCUUUUUACGCUUUAGAAAGCCCCCCUCUCCUCAAAUACGUAACGCAAGUCUCAGGGUCUAGGAGAGAAGAUGGAAUAUGACAGGCACAUAUGGCUGCCAUUCCGCAGAAGGUGGACUUCACCUCUAAGCUACAUGGUGUCAGGUCUCCAUGUCUUUGCAUGUAUCUUGAGUGUCUGUAUGCACAAGAGCUUGCU